GAAGAGAGACAGAGGAUCAUGAUGGUUGAGGUCAAACAGAUUCAGAUGUCUUUAUUUCUGAUAGCGCUGCUUCAGUUUACAGCAGCAGCUGACCUCACUGUCAGAGAUGGAGACGACGUCACUUUGCGUUGUCAAGAUGUGAUUGAUGGUCAGCAGGAAUGUGGCCAAACUACAUGGAUGUUCAGGAAACCAAACAAUACAGAGCGGACUGAAGCUAAAUCAGACAGCCUGAGUGUCACAGCCAACUGUUCUCUGCUUAUAAAGAAGGUCACAGUGGAGGAUGCUGGUCUUUACAUCUGCAGACAGUUUAUAUCAGACCAACGAAAAGAUUUUGAUCUGUCUGUUAUUACCAUGACGGACCACGAGGACACUGAUGAGGUGACGCUGAGCUGCUCUGUGUUGGUAUAUAGACGAUGUACACACGCAGUGACGUGGAUGUAUGAGGGUCGAUAUCUGUAUGAAGAUAACCAAGAAGUGAAGACAUCAUGGUCUCCCUGCAAUGUCUCUGUGACCUUUAAGACUUCUCAUUACAUUUACACUUCACACUAUAACUCGUUGAUGUGUGCAGUGACUGAUGGUUUCCAAAAGUGGCAGAUUCCAGUCAGACUUCCCUCAGGUGAGCAACCAGGUGACGAAAUAAAACCAACAACAACAACAACAACUGCAGGAACCAACUCGAUACCGUCUCCAAUCAACGAGACAGAAACAGAACUAAAAGCUCGUGCAGAUUGUUCUGUUCUCAACUUCGUAAUGUUGGUUAUGCGUGUGGCUGAACUCCUCCUGAUUACUGUGAUUACUGUUCUUCUCCUCAGAGCUCGAGGGAACCAGAGACCACCUGAUGACAGCACUGUUUUAAACUCAGGAAGAAGCCGAGCAGUGAGGCGUUCAGGUCCAGCAGCCAGUCAGGUGAAUAAUGAUGAAGAUGAAGACGACGGUGUGGUGAAAUUUGAAAACUUUGGAGAAACUUCCGCCUCCGUCACAAUCCACUGAUCAACAACGUCCACUCUCAGACUCAUCGCCAGUGUUGGGCAAGUUACUUUAAAAAAGUAAUUAGUUACAGUUACUAGUUACUUCUUGCAAAAAGUAACUAAAUUAGUUACUCAGUUACAAAUUAUAAAAGUAAGUAGUUACUUUAGAAAGUAACUAUUGCGUUACUUUCAAGUAAAGUUUUAAAUGCUCAAAUGUGACCCCACCUCCACCCCUCUUUAACGGAACUUAAAAUACAUGUUCAAUUAUUUAUGAUAAAUCUGAAUAUUAUAAUGAAAUGGACACUAAAUACAAUCCAUUAUUAACAGAAACAAUGUACACAAGUCUAAACUAUUUUAAUGUUGCUGUGGGACAAAGUGAGACUAGCCUCCAAUCAAAUGCCAUGUAUGUAGAUAUUAUGUUUAUAUAGUGGAUCCAUACAAAUAACACAAUAGAUGUUUUGGAACUUUUGAUAUUUAUUGCCCCUCAAACAGGCCACAACUGGGCAAAAUUAAAUUAUGCUUGUUAAGCACUAUACCAAAAAAAAAUAACAAAUAUAUACACUCUUUGUAGUGCAAAUAAAAAAAAACUUCAGACAAUUGUAGAUAUACUGUACUUCAAGUAUUUUCUUCCUUGAAAAAGUAGAACAGUGUAACAAUGUGAGGUGCUUUCAAUCUAACUGAAAAGUACAAUGUAUAACUUGGAAGGAAUCCAAAUAUAAACAGGUAAUACAUAAGAAAUAAAAAAUACAUCUCCAUAAAAAGAAAUCUCUUUCUUUGGCCAUUGACAAUCUCACUUCAAGAGGCUGCAGCCAGCCAACAAAUAAAUCUAAAUGAAAUGAUGCUCUUUAAGCAAUGUACCAAAAAUGUACUCAAACAAUAUAUACACUCUUUUUAGUGCAAAUGUAAUAAGAUGCAACACAACUCGCCAUACCUGUCUCUCGUUGACUGACUCACUUGUGUUGUUCGUUGUGUGUCCGACUAUGCAUGCUUUCGAAAACCCGCCCAACUCUACCUCUGAUUGGCUUACCAUGAAAUUUUACUAAACCUCAGCCAAUCAUCAGCAUUUAUGUGCUUGUCUCGCGCACUGCCCACUAACCAAGGAAGAACAGUAAAAAAAAGUCUUUGCCUCUCGGCUCAGAGAUCUAGUUUGUCUGAUGAAAAAAAACCAGCUUCAAUUAUAGUAACGCGACGCAUUUUUUGGCAGUAACGGUAACAGCGUUAUUAAGAUGGGAAGAGUAAUCAGUUAGAUUACUCGUUACUGAAAAAAGUAACGCCGUUAUUCCCAUCACUGCUCAUCGCUGAUAAAUAACAUUUACUUAAAGCUUUCAUAUAACAAAAAUCUUAUAAGAUCUUUUCUUAGUUUUGGUCGACUGAUUGUUUUUGUUUUUAUUAACCAAUGUGAGUAAUGUUUUGUGUGCUAUGCUAUUUUACUAUUUAAGUCUGACGUAGGACAACAAUAUCCAGUUCUUGAUUUAAUCUCUUAUCACUAAACCUACUGUGAGUUUUAUUAAAGGUUUUUUCUUUCA